UUCACCCGCACGGACACACAGACAGCUCUCGCCAUGCACGCAGGAGGAGCGUUUCUCCUUUGAAAAAGGUUUCAUGUUAAAAGUUUAAUGCAAUGAAUCCACAGUGCUGACAGCUUUUAUCAUCACUCUGUGCCUCGGUGCCUAAAUGCAGGAAAGAAUGAAGCGACACGGAGCGAGUGUGCUGUUGACACUGUGGAUGAUUUCAGAGUGUAUAGAAGCAAAGAAGCAUUGCUGGUAUUUCGAAGGAGGAUCCCCAAUCUAUUUCAUAUGUCGCUCAUACGAGGACUGUUGUGGGACGCGCUGCUGUGUCCGAGCCCUAUCCAUCCAGAGGCUGUGGUAUUUCUGGCUGUUGCUGAUGAUGGGUGUGCUCUUUUGCUGUGGUGCAGGCUUUUUCCUUCGCAGACGGAUGUAUCCAUCUCCGCUCAGUGAUGAGCCCUCUUUUAACGUGUCCUUCACCAGACAGCCUGUCAGCACGCCUGUCUCCCAGCAACCGGGCAUGCAAGGCUAUGUUGACCCUUGCAGCACCAUGACAAUGGCCUUAGCCCCUGCCUACCCAGGUCAGCCCACCCCAGCCCAUAUGAUGAGCUUGUACCCACCACCCCCCUCUUACUGCAAUCAUCCUCCACCUUCGUACGACCAGGUCUUCAAGACAGCUGAGAAAAAGAACCACAAUGAAUCAUUACAAUGAAAGAGGCCACGAGAACAGUCCACAUGAACUAGAAAGCGACCACACCACUAAAAAGAAGCUCUGACAGUUUCCAGUAGCUUUAAGUGGGUCUCAAGAAACUGUUUUCUUUUUCAUUUAAUUGUUGUAAGGACGUCUCUUUUUUGCCCACUCUCGGUUUGUCAUUUAUCGCUUGAUAGGUGCACUACAGAGGGGCAACAAAGAAAAUGUAUCCUUGAAAGUGGGAUUUUAAAAACCGAUUGCAGAAAUGGACUUCUGUACCUAACAAAGGUUUGAAGAACCUGUCAGAAUGUGAAGUUCAGAAGAGAAAUGGAAGCGUUUCAACUCUCUUUCUUUGAAAAAGCGUGUAUUCUCAUACACAGUGUGUGAGACACUCUCUUGCCUUACCAGUGGUCUAAAGCAAACCUUGGAAGGUAGUUACAAAAAAAAAAAAAAAAAAAAAAAACAUGCUGAGACACCAGGUGUAAUCCAUCGUCCUUCGGAAAACAGGUGCUCCCACGGCGACAGAUGAGAUGCCAUGGAAACCAAUGAGCAGAUUAAUGCAUGACAUCAACUCGGUCACUCUGCGAAGUGAUGGACCCAUAAAGCAGGGAGUUACAUACUGUAGACAUUAACACAGAUACUAAUGCCAAAUCAGUCUUGCAUUUAUCUAAGCCAGUGAAUAUCUUGCAAUCAUGAACAUGACAGGUCAUGGAACAGUAUAUUCAUGCUACCUAACCUCCAAAACAUGAACAGUUGCUUUGUUCAAAUCUAAAUGGUUUAAUGGGUCAAGACACUCUGCUAUGGAUAAAUGGGAUGGAACUAAUUGGUUUCUUAGGUGUGUUCAAUUUUACCCAGAACAUUUUUUGAAAUAGAUGAUGAACUCGCAAGGAGGGAGUCUAUUGAAGCCAUGUUAACCGUUCCUGUUACAGCAAGAGAAAGAAAAUGUAUUUACAUCUUUCAUUACACUCAUAGAGCCCUGAUGUUGUCAAUGGGUUAUGAAAAAAAAUGCUCAUUUUGGGUUAAAUGUCUCGUUUUGUUAUGAGCUAAAUCCUGUUAAUUGCCCUCUGUGAGUUUUUUGUGAAUUGUUGGAAUUUCUUUGUACAAAUUGAUUAUUGGAGUACAAUUAUGUGCAGAUGAAUGACAAGGAUUCACCCCAACGAGAAAUAUAACUGAUUUUUAUGUCGUUAUUUGGAGGGUGUGAUGCGUUAAUGCAACAACUGUUUAAAAUCAACAUUGGCCAAGUUCACUCUAAUUAACCCUCUUUAGGUAAACAUUUAAAAAUGUCCUUACUUCAUGACAGAUUUUACUGAAAUGUGUUUUCUGAGAAAUCCCACCUGUGUCUGUGAAUCCAAAUUAUAAAUGAAAUUUCAAUUUAGGCCUCUUUAUUUCUACUUACUUAGGGCGUUUUCACACUUGGUUCAUUUGGAGCAUUUGUGUUGGUACCUGGUGUGUAUUUUCCCCUUAGUUUGGUCCAUUUAGGCAUAUAUGAACACAGCAGUUGCACUCGGAUUUGCAGCAAAACAAUCGGUCCGAGACCACCUUGAUGAGGUAUUCUUAGUCCAAUUUCAUAUGAACGUUGGAAUGUUUUGCUCGUGGUGAGAAUGCAGUCUGAUCGGCAGACCAAUGAACCGACCAUUAUUCCUAUGACAACCACGAGUAUACAUGAUGGACCUUUGGAGAAGAAAUCUAUGGGUCAGCACAUCACUGUAAUUCAUAAUCAAACUGAUUAUUUAUCCCUCCAUUAUAUGCUGGAAACUUUUUUGGCGACUAUAUAUUAGAUAUGAUUGCAUGAUUAGUAGAAUUGUUAUUAAUAAUUCUCUGAGGUAAUUUAUCAGUGCGAUCGCUUCUAUGUUUGUGGCACAACAGGUAGGAAAACUUGGUGGCGUUAGCAACUUUUUCACAGAUAAAAACAAGAAAGAAAACGCAUGAAAUCCAAUGAGUUUUCAUUUUAACCAUCUUGACGUGGCUUCACUCUUUUUUAAUGCAUUAUUUAAUGCAGAAAUCACGCAAAAGUAACUAUUGAUGGAUGAAAAUAACAAUGAUGGAAAUUUUACAACUCUCAUCCGAGUGAUGGAUAAUGUUUAUUUGUAAGAGCAACCUCAAAUUGCAGUUCACAUUCUAUACCAUACAGCAGCGUUUUGCAUUACCGCGAUAUAAUCAUUACUCGAAAAUGUGUACUUGUUGACAUUUCUACCAGUAUAUUGCCCGCAUAUGCCACUAUGAGCUAAACCCCAGAACAGCACGCAAACAUUCUGACCUAUGAGGGGACAGUUUGCUUACAUGCACUGAUAUAUAUUAUAGAACUGGAUUGCUCAUGAUGUCCUAACUGUGAAGCCAUUGCGCCGCCAUAUUGCUAUGUCCAAACAUUCCAAUGUGCCUAUUGACUUAACAGGAAAUCAUCUCAUUUCAGCGAGUAAAAAUUCAAUAUCAUUCAAUCACCGAUUUUAUAUCUGAAAUCUGCAUGUACAGUAUAUCCCUACAAUGCAAACGUCCUACACAUGUAAAUAUUUAUUUAUUUAAAGUCUGGAAUUUUUCCUGUUUCUUGAAAGCCUGAGCGAGUUAUGUGUGUCUGUAUCAAACAGUAUCCAUCUCUAACAAACUUCAGUGGCGAACAGAUCAGCUAAAUGUAAACAAGUUCACUGAAACUGAGGUAAGAUACAAACAGACAUUUUCAGACUUAUUUAUUGUGAUAAUCGAAGUGUUUGUUCAGAGUUACUUGUUUUAUCUUUUCAUCAAAAAGUGCCUUUUUCUCGCAUCAAAUAAGAGCGUGCGCUCUCCCUCUCCCUCUUAUCACACGCACAGCAGGCGUGAAGAGAGGGAGACAUGCAAAGUAAAGUUGGUUCAAUUUAAACUGACAGGUGAAUGCUCUGACAUCGCAAAUCCACGUUUAUCUACUCCCUCAUAACAAAUAUUAUCCAUAAUGAGCAAAUUCAAAAUUAAACAUGAUUGUCACUAGAGGACGAAAUUCAACUUUCGUAUCCGCAGGUCGCAGACGAUGAAACAUGGGUGUUUUAACCUGUCAGUCAUUGAUGCUCUAUGAGGGUUUGAGCAUACCAAGAUGGCUGCUUGAACACUUCCGGUGGCUUCACCUUCUGCAGGCAGUUUACCCUUGGGUCAGCGAUCCAGUUCUAUACAUAUAUCAGCGCUUACAUGUGACUUUUAGUAACAAAUUUUGGUCAGUGUCGAAAUGCUGCCUUGUGAAAGCAAACCAAACCAAUGAGUAAAUCCAAAACUGGAACAAUUUAGACCCUGUUUUGAAACAAAUCAAAUAAACCAAAGGUCUGAAAACACCCUUAUUCAGCAUGUUAUUGAAACAGAACGAAGACAAAGUGAAACAAGAUUGACUGUAAAGUUGAGUAUUUUGCAUACUGAAUUCUUACAAUUUUUAUAUUGGAUAUUGCUUGCUGGUUUAAAAAUUUUACUGUAACUUAAUGUUGUGACCUUGUGCAGACUAUACCUUUGGGAGUAGAAAUGCAUCAGGCUUUUUUGACACAAAUAUUACCACAACACUAAUUAGGAGAGAAUCACAGAAUUAGGAGAGAGACUGGACUUUUAGCCCAAUCAUGCAAGUUUUUUUUUUUUUUUUUUUUUUUUUAUAAAGUAUGUGAAGCUGAAAAAGCAGGAGCUCCCCACUGAAGACUUAAUAUCUACUGAAAAUGUUAGGUGAUCUUAAAUAGAUCCUGUUAUAUUUAAAGUGCAUUGGAGAAAACAUGUUGAAAAUUAUGCUUUUUGUAGUUGUGGUUAUUGGUAAUGGUUUAAUUUAUUUAAUAUGCUUUAAGUUGAACUAUGCAAAGGAGAAAUGGUGUCUGUUUGCUAAAUGUUAUAAUUGAAUUGUUAAGAUUACGGUUAGUGGGGGGGGUCAAGGACAGCUGUGAAAUUUGAUGGUGCCAAACAUCCUAUGCAUCUCAAGCCUCAAGUGACAAAUUAAUAAUUAUGCAGCCCUAGUAAGAUGUGUGAGCUGUCACUUUGAUGUUGGACAUGUGAAGCAAUUUUAACAAUAACAAUUUUGUUUAGUACUUGCACUGUUAUCUACACCAUCAUUGACACAUCAACAACCAUGUCAUAGUGAAAACCUAUUAACAGUUGUUCAUGAACUGCAGUAAUAAAGUACACCUUUGUUUGAGACUUCUGUUUUACCGUCAACA